AGGCAGCGAGACUGUGUGAGACUCCACGAGGGAAACCAAUGUGAUUGUGUUUCGCGGCAUAUAGUGGCAGAUUUAAUUCAACAAUAAACUCCAGAGUGAGUCUGUAACAAAGACAAUGCCGCCUUCCAAAAAGAGGACGACUGAUAGUGAUACGAAAGGCCAAACAAAGCGAAGAAAGAAGCAAAAGGAAGACGAGUCAGAGGGAUCAGAUGUUGAUGGUGCCGAAACGGGAGCCGGCGCAGAAUUUGACAAUGAAGGAGAAGAGGGUUCAUCUGGAGAUAUUUCAUUUAAACUUGAAAGUCCCAUGCUGGCUGGGGAAGUUUUGUUUUGUGGUGGCACAAACUGGGAUUUAGUUGGACGACGUACCCUACCUAAAGGAGUAAAACCAAUUGGUGGACCAAAUCUUUGGGGACCACACCGGCUUGGGGGAUUGGAGAGCAUCAAGAUACGAACUGUAGCAUCAGGGUGCAAUGCUUGUCACUGUGUCGCAAUUACAGAAGAAGGAAAAGUAUAUACAUGGGGUCGUAAUGAGAAAGGUCAGCUUGGAGUGUCCGACAUCAAUAGGCGAGAUGUGCCCACAAAAGUUGACCUCUUAGAGAGUUUUAACAUUGUGGCAGCUGCCUGUGGCAAGAACCACACACUUUUUCUCACAGAUCGAGGAAAAGUACUUGCCACUGGAGACAACAAAAUGGGUCAGCUGGGGAUUGGUAAUCAAACACAGCAGGUGCCAUGCCCCAUGCAAGUAAAGUACAAAGGGCCACCAAUCCGGCGCAUUGCCUGCGGAGGGGAGUUUAGCAUGAUCUCAGACAUCAAUGGCAACCUUUAUUCCUUUGGUUGCCCAGAGUAUGGACAGCUAGGUCACAACACAGAUGGAAAAUAUUUUGUCACUAGUAAUAAGAUGGAGUACAAGUGUGAAAUGACACCUCGAAAAGUGAAUGUAUUCAUUGAGAAAAAUCGAGAUGGUCACAUUACACCUGUCACAGAUGUCGAUGUCAGGGAAAUUGCAUGUGGUCUUAACCAUACAUUGAUCAUAGACUCCAAAAAGCGCAUCUUCAGCUGGGGAUUUGGAGGUUACGGUCGUCUUGGACAUGCUGAACCCAAGGAUGAACUUGUGCCCAGAAUGCUUAAGUUCUUUGAUGGUCCAAACCGAGGAGCAACACAAAUCCAGUGUGGCUCUAGUUUCAGUAUGGCAGUAGGAGAGCAUGAAGGAGCAAUGUUUUUUUGGGGCCAGUCCAAACCAACGGGGGAAGCCACAAUGUAUCCGAAGCUUGUGCAGGACCUUAGUGGCUGGAAAAUUAGAAGCAUUGGCUGCUGUUACCGCAGUAUUGUUGUUGCUGCUGAUGACAGUGUAGUAAGCUGGGGACCCAGUCCUACUUACGGUGAACUGGGGUAUGGAGAAAACAAACUCAAGUCCUCAACUGUACCACAGGAGGUAAAACUGCUGGACGGUACAUAUGUUCACAGUGUGGCUUGUGGUUAUGCACACACAAUGAUGAUUGCACGUGCAGACACUGAAGAAGACAAGUCCAAUUUGCAAAAACUGCCUGUUUUCAACCCAUAGCUGGUUGGGGAUGAGUGGCUAUACCACCCUUUGAAAGACAAAAAAAUGUUGGUCCAAUUGGCUGGUUGUGCGGCUUUAUUGUUUACAGUGUCUAGGAAAACAAUACAAAGACAGUGGGGGAAGACCAUUCAGGGAGAUGCUGGCUCAACUUCACCUAUGUAUCAAGACAGCUGGGGUACAACAUUUAACACCUAGGGAAGAGUCUGGAUUCUCUUCACUUGUUUAAGCUUGACUUAACUGGAGAUUGCAUUGUCUGUCUCUAGCUGUUUUUAAUGCCUGUAUGAUGAUAAUGUGUUGUGAGAAGUCUGGCAUCUUAUUCAUGAGAUCUGUUAGGUGAAGGUUUUUGUGUUAAGUCGCGUUGUUCCUCCUGCUGCAUUCUCAUACUUCUCAGGUAUUCUCUUAGCAUAGCUAGACAUGACCUUUGCUUCACUUAAUGUUGCAACUGCAGGAUAAGACCCUGCAUGGUCCCUGUGUGGUAAACGUGCAUCCUGGAAUGACAUCAGCUGUGUAAGGCCUGGAGCCUUUACAGAAAUUAAUUCACUCUUGCACCUAAUGCAAGACACUGUGUGAAAUGCUUGGAAAGUGAUGACGUCCAAAGUACAUGAAUGCAGAAAACUUGAGACAAAGUACAGAGCUACUUUUUAUUGCUACAGUCAAAGUGCAAACUAUAAAAUCCCAGGCUAUGAUUUUUAUAUUCUAUUCUUCUGAUGCCUGGUGUUUUGAAGACAUAAUUGUAACAGCCAACUUUUUCAGCCAGAAAUAAACCCACUUCAGGUGGGCUUUGCUGUUUGUUGCACAACAGAAUUGGUUUAAUACCAUACAGAGUGUUCUCAGAUUUAAAACCUUUGCUUAUAGCAGGAAUUAGAUGUGACAAGUUUCGAAGCACAGACAAAAAGAGUGUACUGAUACUUGGUGGAUUCCAUGUCUGUAAAUUGUUUCCGUUUCUCAAAUACGGAGGAACUGCAAAUCUCCCCCUUUGAGUACUUGAUGGGAGAAACAGUGUGCCUUCCUUGCAUCACAGGGGUUGUGAGUUGGAAUCUUGUCUCCAGUCUCCAUUUCAAAGGAAGAGGGCUUUGGCAGCUGUGACAGUUUCUCUCUGGUGACAUCCACAGGGCAGAGGUCACCAACAGAUUUUUAACUAUCAUCCAUGUAAAUAAAAUUUAUUGCUGUUCUGCUUUACUGCUAGAUUUCUCUAAUGAAAGGUAUUCUUUUCCCUCCUCAUUAAGUGUUGUGAAGCAUAGCAUAAAUGUGUUGAUAUUUCAUUUGCUGUUUCACCAUCGCAGAUCAUUGUUGGAUUUUCAUCUUUCAUCCCUUGUACAUUCAUGUGUUGUCAAAGCCAGCCAUUUGUGUAUAUGAAAAAAAAUCAAUUAUUUUGUUGUCUUAAUUUUCCACCUGUUUAUUUUUGAAGUCAUCGACAUGACAAACGGGUAAUUUUGUCAAAUGACAUCAAGAACAUUGCACAUGGCUUCAUAGAAACGUGACUCCAGUGCAAACAUUUGUGCAUAAGCAUAACAUCAAGAUGUCACUUUGAAAGGGCAUUAGUGAGUUUUAGAGAUUUUUUUUUUUUUACUGAGCUAAUAUGUUUGGAGAUUUAUUUUAUCUGUGCAGGGUGCAGUGUUGAUAAAGCUGGAUGUUUUGUAGAAUUCUAUUUAAAACAGUACUGUCUCUUUUAACCUGUCUCCUUUCUCACAAGCAAGUUUUAUUUGGGCUUCUGGUAGAAGUUAAAAUAAGUGUAAUUGACUUCAUCUGAUCUUGCUUUUUUUUCACAAUAUGGAUAAAAAUAAAAUUAUUAUGCAAAGAUAGAAAACCUAUUUGAAAGCAUAGAUAAGGAAGUCUCUAAUUUACUAAUUCACAAUUAAAAGCACAUAGAAAUGUGUAUAAUUUCUGGACUAAACUGAAUGGGGUAAACGUUGAUGGACAGGUUGUUAAAUAAUGUUUUUAAAAUUUAAAGCAAACUCCAGGUCUGUAAAGUCUUAGGAAUUGUGUGGCCAUUGUCUGUUAUGAGGACUGUUGAUCAGUAAAGCUAAAAAAUGAUUGAAUGCUGAUGGCAUAAGCAGUGCUGCUGUCUGUGAUCAUGUGACAUUAUCUUGCCCAUUUACACUCCUGACUCUAAAUGCUGGGAGAACAGUUAAACCACUCUUUAAGUUUGUUAAUUAGAGUGAUUUGGCUAUAUAAUGAGUAUUUCAUAAUGAUAUUUCUUCUAAACGUCUUGGAUACUUAAGCAUUUGUUUCAGUACUCUCUUUUACACUCAGUUAUUACGUCAAGACAAAUCAGGUUGGCAUAGUAACUAUUCUUUUAGGUUUGUGUUUGUGUAGAAUGUAAUGCCAUAGUUUUGUAAACAAUCUCCUGUUUUGUGACCAUGUAGGUCUGCAGCAUGUCAUCAGUGGGAUUUUGAUUAGUUUUUACAACAUAAAGUUUCAUCUUCUGUAGAGAGAUUGUGCAUCUUUUCAUCAGUCUGUGCAUGCUCAUAUUUAUUUAUGUGCAAGCACCUGCAUUUUUUUUUUUCUAGCAGAUGGCAAAGUUUUAAAAUCUUGUGGAUAAUAUAUAUACUGAAAAGCAUGACAUUAAGGACUAAUAAACUGGCAAUCUUUAAUCAGCAUAUCCUUGUUCAAGCUAUACCAAAAAAGUAUUGUAGAUUUUGAUACCACUUUCAGGAGGAAUAAAAUUUGAGAUAAAUCAAAAUAUACAAGUGCUUUGGGCUGCAUGCAAUAGCUUUCAAACAAGGUGACAUCAGAGGGAGAAAGAUGAGGCAAGAAACUUGCAAGUUAAUUUUCACCAGCAUCCUGAAAGUAAUUUGCACCAUAUUCUGUAUAUGCACAUUCAUAUGCUUAAAUAUUUCACAGUUUGGUCUCAUUUGAUUCACAGAUUUAAAAAGGGUGGAAUCAAGAGUUAAGAAAUGUGACACUGAAACAAAUACAUAGCUGAAGGAAGAAACAAUUCUCCAAGUUAAAGCAGUUGACACUAACAUUACUAUUUAACCUUGCCUUUGGUGUAUGGUGUAAGGUUCCGUGGUCAUGUCUGUUAUCAAUGCAAGCUAAAAGUAAAUCUCAAAAACGUUCAUUAUGCAAAAUCUUAUCCACUUGAUAAAUUUUGAAUACUCCAGUGUGUAAUUACAGAAACUUGUUCUUUUUGUGAUGGGAGAUGCAAGUCAUGGGACAUCAUCUUUUGAUGUUUUGAAGAAUCUUAGAUAUCCACAGAAAUGACCCAGUUCAUUGCACCUUAUUUCUAAAGCAAUGUUUACAUCUCCAUCCCUAAACCUCGUCUUCCACCUAAGCAGCCAUUUUUGAUGUCUUGCUUUUUUUAAAACACUUCUUCAUCCCAGAUAAGACCACUCAAGUCAUGGCAUUUGUAUGAUGUAUUAUUACUGGCUAAGGGCAUUUUAAUAACUGUUCUUACAUUUGUGUGACCACAAAUUUGAUUCUGAAAAACACCUUGCAGUUUAUACUUUUAAAGAAAUUACCUGCUAUGUAAUAUUAUUGGGGAUGGUAGGUGUUGAAUAUCAGGUCUGUUAACUAUUUAAGAAUUUUCUAUUUUAGACAAUUUUAAGCACUAAUAUUUACAGAAUUUAAUGCUUUUGACAACAGGUCCUCAGACUGUUGUCAUCACCACAUGAAGAUUAAACAGUAAUUUUUUGUGCAAAUAGCUUCUACACUUGAAAAUCAAAUAGAUGUUUUAUCACUUUAGUCAAGUUUAGUGGGAUGAACUGAAAUGUAAACAUUGCUAUCAUAUCCAGUCGUGCAAAGUGUGCAUGAAUGAAAUUGGAGAUAACUGAAGUUGAUUAUUUGAGUGUAAUCUCGUAUCCUUUAUGUAUUGACUUAGUAGACAUUGAAAUGCAAUAAAUCUUUGAAGAUUC